GCGGGCGGAUCCUCCGAGCCCGGCCCUGCCCGUGCGGGAGCGUCGCCGCGAGGCGUUCUCUUCCUGGUUCGCUUUGGUUGCGUUUGCGCCUCUCCCUUUUGCUCGGUGGGAGCGGUGCCGGGGCUCUGCCGGCGCUCGGCUCCGCGGCGGCCGCUGGAGAGAACCCGGCCCCGGUGCGGCGCGUGGCGGAGCCGUGACGGGAGGAAUUCAAUGCCCGCAGCUCCGCGUGCGCGGCUGCAGGCGGAAUGAAGCGCGGUGCCGCAGCCCCGUGCACUUCGACGGCGAAGCCCACGUCUCGGUGCGUGCCGUGCGGAACGCGAACGCGCUGCGGGGAACGCGCUGCGGCACUGCCCGCUGCCGCGGUGCACACGGCUCGUCCGAACGGCGCGGCUGCGAUCCGCCAACCCCGAGCCUGAAACAAGCAUAAAACGGAGCCCCCGAACGAGCUGCUUGGACAGGAUGCGUUAACUCAGCUGAUCUCGUAGAGUGCUAUUAACUCCACAGACAAUUUAAAUGUCUUCAGAAGACAGAGAAGCUCAGGAGGAUGAGCUGCUGGCGCUGGCCAGCAUCUACGAUGAAGACGAGUUUAAGAGAGCUGAGUCAGCCCAAGGAGGAGAAACCAGAAUCUGUUUGGAACUGCCCCAAAACUUCAAAGUUUUUGUGAGCGGCAGUUCUGCAGAGAGCCUCCAGAGCAGUGGAUUUGAAUGCACCGUUUGCUUUCUGCCUCCGCUCGUGCUGCAUUUUGAGCUCCCGCCGGACUACCCAUCCACCUCCCCGCCCGCAUUCACCCUCAGUAGCAAAUGGCUCCCCCCAGCACAGCUCAGCGCUCUUUGCAAGCAUUUGGACAACCUAUGGGAAGAGAACCGAGGCUGCGUGGUCUUGUUUGCCUGGAUGCAGUUUCUGAAGGAAGAAACAUUGAGUUACCUGAAUAUUUCCUCCCCGUACGAGCUAAAAAUGUGCCAGCAAGGGAACGCGCAGGGCAGGACGCCCUCGGCCCCGCAGGACGCUGCGAAGGAUUGCGGUGGUGCAGUGGGCUGUGCUGCAGCUGAAGAAGAAAUUGAUGAAAGAGCUGUGCAGGACGUGGAAUCUUUGUCCAGCCUGAUUCGGGAGAUCCUGGACUUUGAUCAGGCUCAGAGAAGGAAGUGCUUUAACAGCAAGGUGUACUUGUGCAAUAUUUGCUUCUGUGAGAAGCUGGGCAGGGAAUGUAUGUACUUCACCGAGUGCAGCCACGUGUACUGCAAAGCGUGCCUGAAGGACUACUUUGAAAUUCAGAUCAGGGACGGUCAGGUCCACUGCCUCAACUGUCCAGAACCGAAGUGUUCUUCUGUCGCUACUCCUGGCCAGGUGAAGGAGUUGGUUGGGGAGCAGUUGUUUGCGCGCUAUGACCGCCUGCUGCUGCAGUCCACCUUGGACCUGAUGGCGGACGUCGUGUACUGCCCUCGGCCAGGCUGCCAGACGCCCGUCAUGCAGGAGCCAGGCUGCACCAUGGGCAUCUGCUCCUGCUGCAACUACGCUUUUUGUACCCUCUGUAGGAUGACUUACCACGGGGUCUCACCAUGUAAAAUAACUGCAGAGAAAUUGAUGGAUUUGCGUAAUGAAUAUUUAGAAGCAGAUGAGGCAACCAAAAGAUUUUUGGAACAGCGCUAUGGCAAACGAGUGAUUCAGAAAGCCCUUGAGGAGAUGGAGAGCAAAGAGUGGCUGGAAAAGAACUCCAAGUCUUGCCCUUGCUGUAGUACUCCUAUAGAGAAACUGGAUGGUUGUAACAAAAUGACGUGUACUGGCUGCAUGCAGUACUUCUGCUGGCUUUGUAUGGCUUCCCUGUCAAGGGUGAACCCAUACAGGCACUUCAAUGAUCCAUCUUCCCCGUGCUUUGAUCGAUUGUUUCAGGCUAUGCAUAUUGAUGGUGAGUUCUGGGAAGGUGAAGACGAAGACUAGUAUCUUUCCCUAGCAACAAAUGCUGAAGAAAUCAGAGACAGACGCUUCCCUUUUUUUGUCAGAUGUUUGAUUUUCAGUGCUCUGAUGCGAUAGGAGGAUACUACCUUGCACUGCAGGAUUCUUGCACAACCCUUCUGUUGCCAGAACCAAAGGAGACCAUUUUACCCACCCUGUGGUCAAGAUUGCUGCUGGAAGCCCUAGUAGUAAUAUCCAUUGAUAAAGGCAACCACCGAGAAGUUAGAACAUAACGGAAAGUCUAUACCAAGAGGUGCCCCUCUUACAGCUCCCAGAUCGCAGAGAUGUCUUUGGAUGUCCUUUAGUGAGAUGUCCUUACCUUUCAAGGAUGUCAGCCACUUCCCACUGUGGUUUUGGGGGCAGUUUUAUUACAGGUGCAGUGCUCGUUCUGGAGCUGUUCACUUGUGCUGCUUGGAAAGGGAAAGCGUUCUGAAACAGCCCAGGAAUUUCUUCUCUAUUCAGGGACUGAGCCCAUUGCCUCUGUUGCAUUUCCUGGCCUGUUUCUUUGGAAGCAGCUCACUGCUCUGUCGCUGACAGGGGCGGUGAAGCUGAUGAUCCCUGACCCCUCCUUUAUUGGCUGUAGUGCCUGUGUUCUUUACUGAACACGUUGGCAGAACAUGACUGGCAGCUCUGUCUCGCAGUCAGUAUGUGCUUGCUGAGUGACGUGCUGCUGCUGCUGCGGGCCUUGGUGCCGCUCCUUCCUUUGACGAGUGCUGAAGCAAUGAUCUGAGUCUGGCCAGUGAGAGGAUGAAAACAAUUUCAAAUACUGAGGCACGUUUCUAUGGCUGCACAGUCUGGAUUAAUGAUAAUUUGUAGCAUCUUAAAGAAUUCAGAUUUCUUUCUUACCAGAUGAUUAACUUGUUUACAAAAUAUUCUUGUAAGGAAUUUGACUAGUUGAUGGUUUUGCUUCUGGGCUAGAUGCCUCGUUUCUGCUGUUCUUGCCCUUUAAGUAUUUCAAAAAGCAUUGUUUCCCCUCAAAGCACAGGAAGCUGUUUUGGGAACGUGGAAUUAAUUGCUGGAGAGAAGCACUGAUUUUUUUUUUCCACUUACAGAAUGAUCUAAAAGUUAAUUUUGAAAUUCAAACUGCACGUGCUGUUUAAAACAAAUAGCAGGGUCUGGAUGGAUAGCUCAGGAGCUUGAGAACUGUUCAGAAACUCAGUUUUGAAUGGUAGUAAAUAAAUUUGAGUUAAACAUCUGGCCAAAAUGAGUGUCGAUUGAGUUCCUUUUGCAGAGAAGUCUCUAUUCAAAUUGGCAGCAAUUAAAAUAGUAAGGGUGGAGCUCCUGCCUUGGUUUAGGCUAUAGGAUGGUGUGUAGAGAAAGUUUACAUUGUGUAUGGUUUACUUGUAUUUCCUGCACCUUUCACAUGCACUAAACUCACUUUAAGACAGUAAA